AACUGUGGUAUUUGUAGAUGCGAACGCGGUAGUUAAAUAUAAGCCUAGGCCACGCGAGAAGUGAGACGGCUGGACACAGAUGGUCCGCUGGCCUCCCCCGACCAACACGGUCAGGGUGAGGUGCCGCCCGACGGGCGCGCCCGAGCGACGGCGAAGCGCUUACUUCGUCGUCUCCUCGGCGUCCGCGAUCGUCACCUCGACCUCGACGCCGGACUCGAUGGGGAUAGACGUGAUCUGCUUCACGACCUCGGACGGCGAGUGGAGGUCGAUGACGCGCUUGUGGAUGCGCAUCUCGAAGCGGUCCCACGAGUUGGUACCCUCGCCGCAGGGCGACUUGCGCGUCGUGAUGCGCAGCUUUUUCGUCGGCAUGCGCACAGGGCCGCUCACUUUCAACUUCUUGUCGACGGCGCCCCUUUUGAGGUUGGCGCAGACCGUCUCCAGCGCUUUGACGUCGCGCGACGUGAGCGUGAUGCGGAUGCGGUGGACCGUUUCCGUCUCGAGACUCUUGGUCUUCUCGGCGGCCUGCUUCUCGAGCUCUUCGAGGGUGGCGGACAUGGUUGCGACGACUGUUUGGCUGUUGCGGACGAGUGUUUGGCUGUUGCGGCGCAGCUGUGGGCUUGCGCGCGGCGAUUUUAGCUGCUUGUUUUGGUGAGCG